AUGCGCUUCGAGAACUGGGACAUCCUGCUCUUUCCGCAGGUGUCUAGCACACCCAUCCAGGAGUUUCGUACUGAGUGCUUCGGCAUUGUUACUCCAAUUGGCUUGUCUCCAACACUCAACGCUUACAUUCCUUCGUUGCCUCGCGGAACUCCUUUCAAGAUCUCCUUACACUCGUGGUCCAAGCCAGUCAUAUCGUCUCCCCAGUUUGUGAGAGGCAACCGCAUCAUCCUGGCAAUGCACGUUGCCAUUGACGGCAAAUCAGUUGCAGUUCAGAAAAUCAACCCAGAUGGCAACUUCCCUCACCAGGUCUUCCACUCGGCAGCUAGCAGACUGCUCUUCCCUCCCUUCCACCAAGCCAUGCGCGAUCAGCUCCAGCUCCACAUUGCCGAUAACGUUGGACGCAUCACAGUUUGCCUGUCUGAAGGUUACUUCUACGAAGCAGCUAGCACUGGCAAGCAUCACUUUAGUCCUGUCAAAGACAUCAUCACCUUCAAAUGGAUACAUGCUCCUCAGAAUCUUCUGCGCAAGGCCGGAGUUGCAUGGCCAGAUCCUCGACUUUUCAUCAAAUCAGAAGACUCUCUCGGAUGUGGCAAUGUGCCUCACGUGUCUUGUCCCGUCGGUGAUCAAGCCACUAGCUCUGAAGACAGCAAAUUCAUACUUCCGCACUCUGUAGCUGCUUCUGGUAUCGAUGGACCAAUCUCUCAUCCAUCGAGCACAGCGCCUCUCCAGACUUUCGAUCAGGUCUUUACUGAUAGUGACCACCUGGAUUUCAGUGACUUGACUACACCUUCUGACUUCUCGUCAGGUUACACCUUUGGAGCCCCUCUGUCGAAUUUCAUCCAUGCACCUCAGUCUGGUAGUCAGCAAACUCAGAUGACAAGACUUCCGAGCGAUCAAGUCAGAGAAAUUGCCAACGCCAUCGUCCCUGAACUCAUUGAACGUGGUAUUGCCAUGCUCGAUGGCUCUUCAGACACUCCACCACCUGACCAUGGCUCUAUGAGGAACGUCUCCGACGUCAGUAUGCACACUGCAUGCGACCAAUAUCCUGCAUGCGUUGUGGAUGCUCCUGAUGGCAAAGAUGUGCUUCAUGUGCCUCGUAAAGCCGUUGCUAUUCCUACAAGGGCCCCCAGAAUUUGCAAAAGGGUCGGCACCGCUACUGAUUACCACCCUGCAAAAACCAUCGCUAGAUCGAAGAAGACUGGCUUUACCGUGAUCUCUGAGGCUGAGAUGCUGCGUUUGAGCAUGCAAAAUUGA